AUGGCUGCUCAAGGCCUGGAUCAGACGAUCCUGCGGGAUCCAGCUCUUUUUUACUGGAUCCUGGCACCUAUCUCAGUGGUCAUGAUACUCACUGGUAUCCUCCGCCAUUAUGCCACGAUCUUAAUGACCAGCUCGCCUAAACCAGCUACGUCCCUGGCCGAAUUCCGGGAACGGCUUGCUCUCUUUCGCGGUGUCAACCUACGUACCAAUGCAUCGGCCGUCCUUACUCCCUCGAGCCUAGCAUCUCGAAAAGCGUAUCUUAUCAACGCUUAUAAGACCGGUGCCUUCUUGAAAGACCCUGAAAAUCGUGGCGCUGGUGCACCAAACCCAAUGACGGACCCCGCUGGCAUGGAUGCAAUGAUGGGAAUGAUGAAGGGGAAUAUGGCUAUGAUGAUCCCACAGACCCUUAUCAUGUCAUGGAUUAACGCCUUCUUCUCUGGAUUUGUUAUAUUAAAACUCCCAUUCCCAUUGACCAUCCGGUUCAAGUCCAUGCUCCAGUCUGGUGUCAUGACCCGUGAUCUUGAUGUCAGAUGGGUCUCCAGUUUAUCCUGGUACUUUUUGAACUUGUUUGGCCUCCAGUCCGUUUUUGGGUUUAUCUUAGGAAGUGACAAUUCCGCCGGUCAAGUGAUGCAGCAGGUGGGAGUAACGAACCCUGCCGUGAACCCCUUCCAACCUGGUCAGGAUCCAGAGAAAAUUUUCCAGGGAGAGGCUGAGAACAUCGAGGUGAUGGAGCAUUACUGUAUUUUGGACGGAAUCGAAGAGCGGAUACUACAGAAGGCGUCGUAA